AUGAGUUCCGCAGCACAAGAAGUCACGGUUACUUACAAGGACCGAGUGGCAAUCAUCACCCUCAACCGGCCCAAGAAGCUUAAUGCCCUGAGUGGUGACCAUUACUGGGAACUGGGACAGAAGAUGCGUGAAGUUGCCCAGCGCGAUGACAUUUUCAUCACCGUUCUGACGGGAACAGGCCGUUUCUUUUCUGCCUCCCCAACUCAAGCUCCCACUGUUAUCAAGAAUAAUGUCUCCUUUAACAUGAUCACACAAAUCUCUAGGGGCGCUGAUGUCCAAAAGACCCGUCCUUCCAGUGACGGCGCAGACGCCCGCCGUGAAAUCCUGCGCGGCUUCGUGGCCAACAAUCUGGACUUGACAAACACCUUCGCUAAACAUCCCAAAAUCCUUGUCGUAGCACUCAACGGCCCGGCAGUUGGGCUUUCUGCCGCUCUUACUGCAUUCGGGGACUUCAUCUACGCCACUCCACACACCUUCCUCCUAACGCCUUUCACAUCGCUCGGCCUCGUGGCGGAGGGUGGCGCCAGCAGCGCCUUUGUGGAACGCCUGGGAAUCUCCAAGGCCAACGAAGCGCUGAUCAUGAGCAAGCGUAUACCAAUUGAGGAUCUGGUUUCGACUGGGUACGUGAACAAGGUAUUUACUGCCCCCGGCGGGAAGGAGGAUGCGUCUGGGUUUUUGAAAUUGGUAUUGGAGGAGGUUGAGGAGAGGCUGGGAACCCAUAUCAACCAGGACAGCAUGCUUAAGAUUAAGGACCUGAUUAGACGACCUGGGAGGGAAGUGUUGGAUCGCCAGAAUGUCCUGGAGGUGUUUAUGGGGAUGGAAAGGUUUAUAGCUGGCAUCCCACAGCAAGAGUUUAUGAAAAUUGCAACUGGGCAGAAGAAGCAUAAAUUGUGAAUGUGCAAAACGCUCGGAUAGAGCUCUCUCGGGCUUGCUUGCCUAGGUCAUUUUUUCUGCUUGUUCCAUUUUAUUUAUUCAUUGUUUUUCAGAAUGCGCUCCUUGCGUUAUUUUAUUGGUUUUGCUAGUCAUAUGUCUCAUU